CGGGGGAUCCGCGAGCCACUCUGUGUGCCUGACGUGGAGGGCCUUGGGGGAGCAUCGGCAGCCGCGUCAGUCGCGGUCCUGGGCCUCGACGGGAUGGUGGGAGAUGUUGCAGUGGGCAUCACACGAGGGCAAAGUAAUUCCACAUAGUUGAAAGUCAGCAGAUGGGCGUAGAGUGCGUCGCAGAGAUAGUCGCUGCCGUUGGGGAAAACGCUCUUGAUCGACGCCCAGUCAGGACUGGCAUUCGGCCAAGUCGGCUUCUCCUUCUCGAGACCAAAGUUGGUGGCGUGCUGAGAAGGUCCCGAGGCGAGGCCAUUGUGCUUCUGAUUCGAACCGUCUGAAGCCUGAGCUUUACGGGUUAUCGAUGUGACCUUUCUCCAUGUGGAAGACUUUGGCUUCUCGUCCGGACUGAAAGACAGCUGACCACCUGACGACAUUUCCGAAUACCCCUUGCCCUCGUAUUUGACCUUGCGCGCGUGGCUGCGUAUCGUCUCAAUCGACAAGCUGGAGCACAGGAGCAUCGUUUCGGGAAAGCAGGAAACUGAUACUCGCAACGUCUCCAGCAC